GUCACAUGUACUUAGAGCUAGAGAGAAAGACGAUCAAGUUUCCUCGAAAGUACAACCGUCGACAAGUCUAUUCCUGUGUCCAGUUAUGUCAGUAUAGAGUGUAUCUAAGCUUCGUGUCGAUACUCAGAGAGACUCUAUAAUGGCGGCUGAUGGCGAGAGGGCCAUGGGUCCACCAAUGGGAGGAGGUAACAACAACCAGGAACAACCCUCCACCACCAACUACACUAUUCCUGGAAUACUACACUUUAUUAAACACGAAUGGAGUCGUUUUGAGAAAGAGCGUGCCAACUGGGAGGUGGAGAGAGCUGAGCUUCAGGCCAAGAUAGCGUUCCUUCAAGGAGAGCGCAAAGGUCAUGAGAAUCUGAUGCACGAUUUGGUUCGGAGGAUAAAGAUGCUGGAGUACGCCCUCAAGCAAGAAAGAGCUAAGCUGUACAAGUUGCAACAUGGCAAGGACAUGGGCUUUGAUCUCAAGCCUCCUAAUCUGGAGCCAGAGCCAACUCCUAACGUACGAGAACUGUCAGCAUUCACUGCGCAGAGAGAAGAGAGUAGGAAGAUCCUUCGAGACUACCUGCGUGAGGUGGGGUUCCCUGAUAAUGUACUAGAAGCGAGGGUCUCACGAAUAGCUGCCUACAAGAGUCUGUAUGGACAGCACCAACCAUUGGACCAGCUCACCUCUAAUAGUGUGAGGAGUGACUCUCCUAAACCAUCUCUCCCCAGCCUCACACCCUCCACACCCCCACACCUCCCCAGCCUCACUAACGGACCUAUUGUUAAUGGGUCAGACAUGACGGCUCAACCAUCCCCCUCCUUCCCUAGACAGACCCUCGAUGAUGAGGCACAGCCAUUGCAAGAGGAGGACAACAAUGAGGGGGAGGACAAUGAGGAGGUGGUGUCUGCACUGAGUCAGUAUGGUUUCCUUGACGACCAGGAUGAGGAUGGCAGUGAUGACAGUGACAGUGAUGAUGAGAGUGGUGGCUGGGGUUUUGUGGACCCUAGUAGAGGCAGUGAUGACACCUCCUCUGGUAUUGGUGUAGAGAGUGCUAGUGAUGACUUUGAGGCAGGGGAUAUCUCUGUGGGAGGUAGUGGCUCCUCUGUGGGGGGUAGUGGCUCUGAGGACACGUCCCCUCAAGAGCCAUGGGCCUCGGAUUUCUCUGAGCAGCUCACUAAAUACAGGGAGAACAAACCACGCAAGACAAAAGAUGUUACAUCACGUCCUAGUCGCUCUGAGUUACAGCGUAUGGAAGAGUUUAUGAAUCAGUCGGAGAACGCCCCCUCACAACAGUCACAAAACACACAACCUUCACCAUUUGGUGUCAUGCGGUUACCAGGACGACGGAAACGUGGCCCUGAUCCCGAGUCUCUAGGAUUGUCUCCAGGUGGGGUUACCGGGGCAACCAUCAAGGCCUCUAUGCUAGGAGAUCUUGCAGUCAUUGACAUAGCCAACCAACCAAUUGAGACUCUGGGGAGUUCGUCUGCUGAAGUAGUUAAGAAAUGGGAUGACAAGUUCACAAUGAGAAGUCAUUUCGAUGCCAUUACUUCGCUGGUAUUUCAUCCCACGGAGCAGAUGUUAAUCACAGCCUCUGAGGAUGCAACUCUUAAAGUGUGGAGUCUGCAAAAAGCAACUCAGUCGAUGCGUAACAACCGUAUUGUGGACCUUGAACCCACCCACACAUUUAGGGGUCACACUGGGGCAGUCAUGUGUGUGGGCGUGAGUGAGGAUGGGAGCUGUGUGUAUAGUGGGGGCGUGGACACGAGCAUCAGAGCAUGGAAACUACCGUCAGACGAGGUUGACCCCUUUGACCCCUAUGAACCUCUGUUACACGCUGGUCUCCUCCACGGACAUACUGAUACAGUGUGGGAGGUCAGAGUUCAACCUAGUACUGGACUCCUCCUCUCAUGUUCAGCUGAUGGUCGCUGUAUUCUCUGGAACUCUCACAACACAAACCCACUUCUUAAAUUGUUUCAAGUAGAAGACAGAUGUGGUAUACCCACCUCUGUGGACUUCAUCUCCACUGACUCUUAUCAGAUGGUGGCCUCUUACUCAGCGGCCAAAGCCAUUGUCUUUGACUUGGAGACAGGACAAUCAGUGCUCAACUUGGACAGCUCUAGCACUUAUGAUGGCACUCCUGGCACUCAGAUCAACCGUAUAGUGUGUCAUCCCACCCUCCCAGUACUGGCCACUGCACACGAGGACAAGUACAUACGCUUCUACGACAAGAACACUGGGAAGGUGACUCACUCUAUGACUGCACAUCCUGAUGCUGUAGCUGCUCUCACCUUUGACCCCCACGGCCUCUAUCUCCUCUCAGGAGGUCAUGAUGGUUCUCUAAGGUUCUGGAGUGUUGACUCUAAGACGUGUGUGCAAGUAGUGCCUGCACACAGGAAACAUUACGAUGAAUCAGUCAACAGUGUGGCAUGUCAUCCGUCUCUACCAUUCUUUGCCAGUGCCGGUGCCGAUGGAGUCGCUAAAGUGUUUGAAUGAAUAAUUGAAUUUAGGAGUAGCUCAAUUUAUCACAUAGUUUGAGUGCACCAUGCAAUGACUGUAAAACUAGACCUUCAAAAAUAGCUGCUGUCAGUGGGUGGUGAUUUAUUAGAGUUUUGCUGUAUAUCACGGUAUAAUAAUUAUCCCGUGUAGUAGUAUUAUGUUAUUUAUUGUAUUACUAUAGUAAGUGUUUUGUUCUGUGGCUAUAAUGUUGUCAUUACUGUCUCGAUCUACUCACGCCUUCUUUUUACACUUGUUGUACUUUACCAUGCAAAUUCACAUUUUGACAUUGAAUUUACCACCAUCAAUA